AUGGUUGCUCUCUCCUCCAUCCUAUUUGCCCUUGGCAGCGCCAUCACCGCGUUCGCCUCUCCACUGAACCUCAUCCUCGAAGCCGAAGCCGCAGACGCUGGCAAUCUCACCGCGCGUUCCACGCCCGCUGGAACUGGCACUAACAACGGCUUCUUCUACUCGUUCUGGACCGACGGACAAGGCUCCGUGAACUAUAACAAUGGCGCGGCUGGCAAAUACAACGUAACCUGGUCCAACGUGGGCAACUUUGUGGCAGGAAAAGGAUGGAACCCCGGUGCCCGCCGCACCGUCACUUAUAGCGGAACCUGGAACGCAGCCAAUGUCAACUCGUACAUCUCGCUGUACGGUUGGACACGCAACCCGCUGAUUGAGUACUACAUUGUCGAGUCGUACGGCUCGUACAACCCCAGCAGCGGUGCCACGAAGAAGGGAACCGUCACGUCAGAUGGUGGUGUCUAUGACAUCUACCAAACGACACGUACCAACCAGCCGAGCAUUGACGGCACGGCGACCUUUCAGCAGUUCUGGAGCGUAAGGCAGAGCAAGAGGGUUGGGGGAACGAUUACGACAGGGAACCAUUUUGAUGCAUGGGCCAACGUCGGACAGAAGCUGGGGACACACAACUACCAAAUCCUUGCCACCGAAGGUUACCAGAGCAGCGGGAGUGCCUCGGUCACGGUCCAGGGCCCGUAG